GAUUUCAGGCAAUUGUAGCCAACGUGGGGGGGCUCCAUGCACAUUUCUCUUAGGAAGUGGCAGUGGGAGGAUUGCGGCAGCUUGGUCUUGCUCCAAUGGUUUGUCCAGGGAGCGAUUCAUGUUUCCCCUAAGGCUGCCUCUCAUUAGCAUGAACCAGGGGGAAGGGCAUAAAAGACUCCAGUUCAUUUAGAAUCUGGAAAAGGUUUCCUUCAAAAUGACAACCAAAGCAUUGUGGCUCCUCUGUUUUGUCCUGGGACCAUCAUCCAAAUUGGUGGCAGGCUCCCUGCCCUAUAUCAGAAAACCCAUUCAGGCACUCAGCAAGGAUGGGUACAGCGCAGCAGACUCUACACCAAGCCAAUCUAAGAUCCCAUUUAGAGGCAGCAGUGUUGCUGAAGAGAAUCACACAGAGCAUUGGUUGCUGUCUCCAGCUAACCUGCAGUGGCCAAAAACUGCUGGCAUCCUCUCAGUCUCACCAGACAAAAAGAAGAAAGGCAAGACUUCGCUGGAAAACAACACAGGGCUGCGGAAAGAGCCGCACCAGGAUGGCAAGGUCCUGGCUUCUGAGAGCCACAUGGAGGGACCUGAUUCCUUUGACUUCAACCAUGCCAACAGAAUGCAUGCAGAUAGGCUUCAGUCCGAGGCAGCAAACAGCAUCUCAGCGCACUUCCCUUAUAGAGCAUUUUCCCAUUAUAAAGACAGAUCCUUGACGUUAGCUGAGAUGCAUCCUUUCCAAGACACAGGGGCAGCUGAACCAGAAGAUCCCAAUAUGGUUGAUCACCUCAACCGACCUGGAAAGAUGAAUCCCUACAAACAGCAUGACCCUCUAAGAAACAUCACCAAGCCUGCCUGGGACACCAACCGCCAGUCAUCUAGCCUUCUGUACUACUUCAACGUGCUAAAAAAAGUUCUAGAUGCUGACAGCAAAGAGAAGGUGUGCCUGACAGAAUGCAGAAGGGAGAGGGAUGAAGCAGAGGCUUUCUGUGGGAGUGAGUUUGCAGUGAAUGGGAUUGUUCACGAUGUGGAAACACUAGGGAAAGGAAUCCGGCUGGUUACGCUCUUGGUAAAUAGCGAUGGAUUAUACAAGAUGAGUCGCCUGUAUAUCGCCCCUGAUGGCUUCUUCUUCCGAGUUCACAUUCUCAUCGUGGAUGCUUUAAACUGCAGCAAACCAUGUCCAGAUUUUAAACUUGGAAGUAGAUACAUUGUGAUGGGUCAGAUCUACCACAAGAGACGGCAGCUGCCUGCACCUCUGCUGCAGUUCCUGCGAGGACGUCUACGGCCAGGAGAUGGGCUGCUAAGGAGCAGCAGCAACUAUGUAAAAAGAUUCAACAGGAAGAGGGAUCGAAAAGUACAAGGGGCAGCCCACACCAAGUGUAGAUGAGGCUACAGUGCUAACAGCUUUACUGGGGCUUAAGCAGCACUGGCACUUCAGCUACCAGAACAAAACUGGUCUCUACUUGGAGUCUGAUCUUCCUUCCAUAAUAAGGAUUCUUUUAGAGUGACUGCAGCUCAGCUCUUGCUUAAUUCUGUCUCCAGUAACGAUAAGCAGCUGGUGUCUCAUAUGGCUAAUAAAAAAAAGGUUUAUUUUAAAUGUUUUGAUUAUAUAUAGCAUGCAAAAAGAAAAAAAAACCACAGUCUAGAUAUCCAGUCUAUUCAAUGUCUAACAAACAUUAACUGGUUAAUGAAUUUCCUUUUACAUGUGGUUUCAAAAUAGUCAGCUAUUCUUUUUGUAAUACACAAUUUAAAUCUUCAAGUUUGGGAAAAUAAACCUACUGAUUAUUUUUAGGGCUAAAUUCUUUUGUAAGUACCUCUUCCGUACAUCAGGAAUGACUGAAGAUCUGUUGUGUCUCAUUGCUUUACUAUUCAAAACCAUACAUUUACUGGUAUUAAAGUUCUCAGUGCAAUGGAGAUUUAAAAAAAGAGCAUUCAAACCCUUAAUUUUUAACAUGUCUCAUGAUCAUUUGUAGCUCAAAGGCUGCACAGCAUAAAUAUGUAGACUUUUCUGAAUCAGUAUCAAAGGAGUAAAGAACAUAAUACUGUUCUUUAACAUGGAAACUAUAGAGACAAUAUAUAAUUAUACAUUCAGAUAUAUAAUUAUACUACAUAUAUAAUCAAACAUAAGGGACCAGAUUUUUCUUGUAAUUUAGAAACAUGUUCAAAAUAUGUAUUCCACAGCACAUCUUAUUUGAGCUUACAUGCAUGUUUUGUAGGUUUUACAGAUUCCAAAACUGGAAGGCACAAUUGUGAUCAUUCAAUCUGACUUCCUAUAUAACACAUGCUCUAUAUAGACCUUUGCAAAAAUUAAAUAAAUAUAUACUGACAGCUUUUUAAAAAACAUUCCAUCUUGAUUCUAAACUUGUCAAGUGAUAGAGAAUCCGCCAUGACCCUUGGUAAAUUGGUCCACUGUUUAAUUACACUGUUAAAAAUUUACGCUUUAUUUCAUUAAUUGAAUACAAAUCAUGCACUAACAGCCAAUUAGUGUGUGUACAGCUACCUAUUUGCACAUACAAACUGUGGUACCGAGGUAUGCAAAUCAGUCAUCCACUGGCAUACACAUUUUGCAUGCCUAAUUACACUCCUAGAGUGGAUAUUUAACCCUGAAACUAUUGUCUUUGGUGUAAUUUUUCUAUGAAGACAACUGUAUGAGGAUUGUAGCUGCAAAACAGUAAAGCUUCCUCUUUGGAAUCGG